AUGGCUCAGGUCCAAGGCCACUGCGACGCGCGGUUUUCCAAGCUCCGCGACCUAAUGCAAGAAUUCAUCGGGUCCGGACAAGACAUCGGGGCCAGCCUGUGCGUCAACAUCAACGGCGAGGAUAACGUGGUGGACCUGUGGGGGGGCUAUGCCGAUGUAUCAACCAAGAAACCAUGGGAACAGGAUACGCUGGUGAACGUCUUCUCGACCACGAAGCUGGUCACCAACCUGGCGGCUCUGAUGCUGAUCUCGCGUGGGGUGCUCCGCCCCGAGGACAAGGUGGCCCAGCACUGGCCCGAGUUUGCGGCGAAUGGCAAGUCCGAGGUCACAGUUGGCCAAGUGCUGAGUCACACGGCGGGUCUCAGCGCGUGGCAGGACGAUAUGACGCUCGAGGACGUGUGCGACGUCGAGGCGGCAACCCAGAAGCUCGCGCGCCAAGCACCGCUGUGGGCUCCCGGUACCGCAAUGGGAUAUCAUGGUGUGACGCAGGGGUUCCUCGUCGGGGAGCUGGUGCGAAGGAAGACGGGUAUGUCCAUCGAAGAGUUCGUAACCGAGGAGAUUUGCCGGCCGCUGGGCGAGGGGACUGACUUUCAGCUCGGGUGUCGCAAGGAGGACUGGGACCGGGUGGCCCCCGUCGUGCCUCCGCCGGGACCUUCGAUCCAGGAGUUGCUUAGCCAGCAGGCGGGAUACGAGCCGGGCUCGAUCGUCACACGCACGUUCUGUAACCCGCUGCUCAGGGCCGAGGACGCCAACACCGAGCUCUGGCGGUCCAGCGCGUUGGGCUCAGUUAACGGCCAUACAAACGCCAGGGCAUUGGUUAAGAUCCUCUCUUGCUUCUCGCUCGGCGGCAUAUGCGCGCAAGGUGGCCAUCGUCUGCUAUCGGCCGAAACGGUGAAGCUAGCACUUACAGCGCAUGCCACUGGGAUGGAUUUGGCGACGGGGCGGAACGGGAGGCGUGGACUGGGGAUAUACCUCACUGGACCUGGGUCGGGGAUCGUCGAGGGCAAGUUACCGGAGGGCAGUAUUGGAUGGGGUAGCGGGUAUGGUGGUUCGAUGGUGGUUAUGGAUAGCGAUAGGAAGCUCACGAUCGCGUAUGCCAUGAAUAGGAUGCUGAAUGGAGAUCAUCCUUCCGCGGCAGCGUUUAUUAAGGCGGUUUAUAAGAUACUUAAAGUUACCCUAGCUGCUUAG